GAUCAAUGAAGUGUGAAUGAAUUAAAGGUACCAAUUGGAUAGUUUAAUCAAAAAGUUGUUCGGCGUUCAACCUUAUUAAAAUGCUUACAUCGAAAUGGGUACAUGCAUGCAACGAAAACGGCUGUAAGGUAGGUAGGUAGGCAUAACUGAGCGGAGUGGAGUGUGUAGAAUGGGAUUUGUGGAUUUUUCGAAACCGAUAAGUAAAAAGUGCGGAUGGAGGAACCUUGAAGGAAUAGAGCGAAGUAGUUGGGUUUGUGGUAUAAAUACCGGGCAGGGAUGGGGAUUGAGGAUUAGUAACAAUUGUGUAUCGCACAAGAAAACAGAAUCCACGAAUUCUAGGCACUCUAUACACAUUACUACAAUGGCUUUCUUUAAGAUCACGAUGUUUGCCCUCACCGUGGCCGCAGCCCAUGCAGGAAUUGCUCCAGCCUUGAGCUAUGCAGGAAUCGGUCAUGGUUUGGGAGGACCAGGACUUGGUCUUGGGCUUGGAGGAUACGCAGGUCACGGAUACGCGGCCGCUCCCAUAGCCGUGGCAGCAGCCCCAGUUGGAUUAGGAUAUGCCGGAGGACACGGAGGAGGUCAUGACGUCGACUAUUAUGCCCAUCCAAAAUACUCGUACAACUACGGAGUCGCUGAUGGUCUGACCGGUGAUCACAAGUCACAACACGAGAGCCGCGACGGUGAUGUCGUUAAGGGGUCGUACACCGUAGCCGAACCAGACGGUUCCGUGAGGGUCGUCGAUUACGUCGCCGAUGACCAUAACGGUUUCAACGCUGUUGUCAAGAAGAUUGGUCCAUCUGUUCAUGCCGCCCCCGUCCACGCCGCUCCCGUUGUUCACGCCGCCCCAGUUGUUGCUCCGAUCGGCGCUUACGCUGGACACGGUUACGCUGGACAAGGUUUGGGUGCUUACGGUCACGCUGGAAUCGGCGGCUACGGUCAUCAUUACUAGGAAGACACGACCAAAACUCACUGCAAAAACAAUUAAAGUAAAUUAUAUAUUUGUCCCUGUGCAUUUUGUAACGUCUCAUUGUUUCAAAACAUAUGAGGUGUGUCAGAUUCGACGCAAUUAUUUAUAAUUAUAUAAUUUACUUUAAUCACAAUCAACAUUGGUACUCGACACAAUCACUUUACGCUUUUCGU